UCUUCAGCAGUCCAGUGGAGAUGACGUGACUAUCUAUCACUGCCCUUUGGUCAGAUUGUCCCACAGUUUUGUUUCUGAGGAAACCUUCAUGAAGUGUAUAAAUACCAGUCCAGCUUGAGGCUGCUCACAACAGAGGAAAAACACAGCAGAGAAGAGACCAAAGAAAAAAGCAUGGAUCCUGUGUCAAGAGCAGCAGUUGGAGCAGUGGCUAGAGGUUCUACGCCUGGUUCUCUGGGGCCCGCAGGUUUCACCUCAGGUGGAAUUAAAGCAGGCUCCACGGCUGCUAAAAUGAUGUCGGCUUCUGCAGUGGCUGGCAGAGGUGGAGUGGGAUCAGGAAGUCUGGUGUCUGUUUGUCAAUCAAAAGGUGCGUCUGGUGGGUCAAAGCGCAACAAGUGAAGCUGCCAAUGAUGGAGCAGCUUGGAGGUGGUUGGAAAGCCUCUUUUUCUGAAUAAUCACCAAUUGGUUAUUCUGUUAAUCUGAUGAAGCAAGUGAUGAAGCAGCAUGUUAAUGUUCUGAAAUGUUUGGAAAGUUGUCUGGUUUGGAGUUACCUGACAUGAUGUUUCAUUGUUUGAAUCUUACAUCUCAGAAAAUAAAAGCAACCGUGUUAAAACACA